AUGACGCUUUCUCUCAGGCCUUGGUUCCACCCGACCAGCUUCUUCAGCCCGGACCCAUUCUCCACUUUCGACACGGAGCCCGAUUCGAGCAACGCUGAUCCGGAGGGACAGCAAGUUGCUUCCCGCUCUCCGGCCAAUUUUUUCCACCGUCACUCCCUCCCGGCUGGCCCAGCCACGGACAUUCACGACACGGGUGAUACAAUCGUGGUCACGAGCGAAUUGCCUGGUGUCAAGAAGGAAGAUGUCCACGUCAGCCUCGAUGAUAAGUCGCGCAAGCUGACCAUCUCCGGUUCGUUCAAGUCCGAGUUCCAUACCGGCAGUGGCGAACAAUUCAAGGAAGCUAGCGAGGAAGGAAAGGAGAAUGGCAGCGCAAGCAAGGAGCAGAAGAGGCAUGGCCCUCGUCCUCUGAUCAGUGAACGUACCUACGGUUCCUUCUCUCGCACGUGGAUCUUGCCCAACAAUGUGCAGACGGACCAUCCAGACAUCAAAGCGAGUUUCCAGGAUGGCGUUCUCAAACUCUGCAUCCCCAAGAAGGCGCAGCCUGAGACGAAGGAGCCGCGCACCAUCAUGGUUGAGUGA